AGGGGCUAUAACGAAAUCCGUGAAGUCAAACAGUUUCACUUCACUGGCUGGCCUGACCAUGGUGUUCCAUACCAUGCCACAGGGCUUCUCUCCUUUAUCAGAAGAGUCAAGCUGUCCAACCCUCCUAGUGCUGGGCCUAUCGUCGUGCACUGCAGUGCUGGUGCUGGGCGCACAGGCUGCUACAUUGUGAUUGACAUCAUGCUGGACAUGGCUGAAAGAGAGGGUGUGGUUGACAUCUACAAUUGUGUCAAGGCCUUACGAUCCCGCCGAAUCAAUAUGGUUCAGACAGAGGAGCAGUACAUUUUUAUUCACGAUGCCAUUUUAGAAGCUUGCUUAUGUGGAGAGACGGCCAUCCCUGUCUGUGAAUUUAAAGCUGCAUAUUUUGAUAUGAUUAGAAUAGACUCUCAAACUAAUUCCUCCCAUCUCAAAGAUGAAUUUCAGACUCUGAAUUCGGUCACCCCUCGACUCCAAGCUGAAGACUGCAGUAUAGCAUGCCUGCCAAGGAACCAUGACAAGAACCGUUUCAUGGACAUGCUCCCACCUGACAGAUGUCUGCCUUUUUUAAUUACAAUUGAUGGAGAGAGCAGUAACUACAUCAAUGCUGCCCUUAUGGAUAGCUACAGGCAGCCAGCAGCUUUCAUCGUCACACAGUAUCCACUGCCAAACACGGUGAAAGAUUUCUGGAGAUUAGUGUAUGACUAUGGCUGUACCUCCAUUGUGAUGUUAAAUGAAGUGGACUUGUCCCAGGGCUGCCCUCAGUACUGGCCAGAAGAAGGGAUGCUGAGAUACGGCCCUAUCCAGGUGGAGUGUAUGUCUUGUUCAAUGGACUGCGAUGUGAUCAGUCGGAUUUUUAGGAUAUGCAACCUAACUAGGCCUCAGGAAGGUUAUCUGAUGGUGCAGCAGUUCCAGUACCUUGGGUGGGCGUCUCAUCGGGAAGUGCCCGGCUCCAAACGCUCGUUUCUGAAACUGAUACUGCAGGUGGAAAAAUGGCAAGAGGAAUGCGAGGAAGGGGAAGGCCGGACGAUCAUCCACUGCUUGAAUGGUGGUGGCCGCAGUGGCAUGUUCUGUGCCAUAGGCAUUGUUGUUGAGAUGGUGAAGCGGCAAAACGUGGUGGACGUUUUCCAUGCAGUAAAGACCCUGAGGAACAGCAAGCCAAACAUGGUGGAAGCCCCGGAGCAGUAUCGGUUCUGCUAUGACGUGGCUUUGGAGUACCUGGAGUCCUCAUAGUUAGGUGAGGCUAUUUGCAGAGCAUCCAAGAAGAAACACAUUCGUCUGUUGAGCCAGCAACUGUUGUACCUGUUACACCUGCACAGAGAGAUUUUAAUGUGGGGGGUGGGAGGCUUUUACAUUGGAGAGGCAAACGUAUUUUUCUUAUGAAGUUGUGUAUCUUAAUAAAAAGGACUUGAUCGGUUUCUAUUCCUGUAUGAGAGCAUCCACAUUUUGUGCCACCCAAAUUAUCUUUAUUAAGAGGCAGACUCUGAUGAGAAGUGGUCAGUGUCUGUACAGAGACCAUGCAGCCUUUUCUCUCCCGCUUUCAGUAGAGCAGCUACCCCACAUUGCAUGUACUUUUGAAAGUGGCAUUUCCAUUUCCCUCCCUUAAAAAAAAAUAGCUGUGGAACCUUAAAGUGGGGAAGAAAACAAAAGCUGUGCAAAUUCAUAGUAAAUUUCAUUUUUAUAUGUUCAAAGUGUAGCAGAGCUCUAUAUAAAUGUAUAAAUAUAUAAAUAUAUAUAUAAAACUGGCUUAUUUUCUUUUAAUGUGCAAUGAUGGCUGGAUCAUUUAAAGUUCUUUUUAGAAAAUACCAUAAGCCAAAGACUCAAGUGUAAAUAUGUCUAUAUGGAAGAAGCACAUUAUAUUUAUUGGUUACUUACAUUACUUUUUGAUGGCUAAAAUACUACCACCACACAAUCAUUUUUGUUUCAGAAGAAAGCUUUUUCUUUAGCUGAAAUCAAUGGUAAACAAUUUUUGUAGAUUAUUUUUUGUAUGUUUAGUGUAAGUAGAGGAUAAACUUUUUAUUCAUAAACCAAGAAGCAAUGUUCUUUGUAGUGGUUACCUUGUGUACAUGCUUGUGAAUUAAAUUUAUGUAAAACAUCUUGGCAAUUGUCUUUGAAUAGAGGACCAAAUUAAAAUGUUUUGCUGAAAAUGUAGUUUUUCCCAGUGUUCAUUAGGUAAAUGAUGGCUUGAUGAUUACAUAGGAGAAAUCUGCACAGCAGAAGACAUUGUGGUUAGCUUUCCCAGUGUUGAACACCUUGAAGUGUUUUAAACUUUAAAGAAGUUGGGCUUCUGAGCCUGUGGCCUUGUCCUGUUCUGGAACAGGAGAUGGCAACACUGAAGCUCUCAGGGGCAAGUUUUUGCAAACUGUAAACUGUCAAGGUAGCACAAUGUCCUUUUUGAUAUUCCCAAGCACAAGCUUUGGAUUCCUACCAUAGAAAGUGUGGACAGAUCAAUGCCCGAUUCCUGUUGCCUGCUUUUAUGAGAUUUCCCCAUGACUUUUCUAAGUGUGGUCUCAUUCACAUGUGACACAUGGCUAUGACUUCACACCAUCCGCUAACUGAAGCAUCCCAGGUUCCUCUUUCUAGGUCGCCAGCCCAUGACAUGGUGCUUACAAAGAUUUCAUUGAAGUAAGAGUGAAAUAAAGGUUUUAUAAUUGCAACA